UCUCUCUUAAACUCUGUCACGCUCUCUCUCUCUCCUCACCGAGCCAAAAAAAAAUUCCGUCUUUCGAUUACACAAAAUUCAGCAUUUUUUCCUUAUCCAAAAUCAAAAACCAAUUACGCAUUUUGUUCUGUUCUGGGUUCUUAUAAUUUGUAGAGAGAGAAAGGUAUAGAGAGAGAAAAGUUAGGAUUUUGAGAACAGAUCUCUUUCUCUCUGUUCUUUCGUGUUUCUGGGAAAAUCUUCUCCUCCUUCAAUUAGAAAAAAAAAAAAUCAAUUCUUCCACAAUUGUAAGCGAUCCGCGAUAGUGGGUCAAACUCGUAGAGAAGUUUAGUGUUCAUUCAAAGACCGAGAAAGUUUCAGGAAGUUUGGGGAGAGAUUAGGGUUUUCUUGAAUUCGGAAAAAAGGGGCUUCCUUUAUAGUUUCUGGAAUUGAGAGAAAAUCUGUGAUGAAGUGAUUAGUUUUGUUUCCGCAAAACCAGAAACAAUGAUAAUCAAACGGAAACUGAAAACUCGAAUGCCGAGUUUGAAACGAUGCAACUCGACUAAUGAGGAAGCAGCUCGGAAGAAGAGAAGGCUGAGCUUCAAUGGUGGUAGUGGAGGAGGUAGUUACUAUUACCCUCUCAAUCUUCUCGGAGAGAUCGCUGCAGGGAUAGUUCCCGGAAAACUCGACGGAAAGAAUGGAUUCUCUGCUUCGUGGUGCAAAGAAGCCUCGUCUUCUCCAGUCGAGGUGGAGUUGGAGUCAAAGUCAAAGAGAGUAGUCUCUGAUCCUGGCCGUGUAAUGGAUCGGACGGCUGAUGUUUCUCGGCCACCUCUCGUGAGGACGUCUAGGGGACGAGUUCAGGUGCUUCCUUCUCGGUUUAAUGACUCGGUUAUCGAGAAUUGGAGGAAAGAUAGUAAAAGCAGCGGCGAAGAACGCGAGGAAGAGGUUGAAGAAUGCAGGAAGGAGAAAGUCAAAGCUAGUAGUAAUCACGGUUUGAAAAUUAGGCAGCAGGAAGCUAGAUUCACUCCUAGGAACCAUAAGUAUGGUAAUGCAUUGUGUGAAGAGAGCGAUGAUGAUGAUGAUGAUGAUGAUGAGUGUGAGGAGAUUGUGAGAUAUAGUAACAGCUUUGACACGAGGAAGCAUAUGAGUAGCACUGUCUCUCUUCAGGAGCAACGUUUUAUGGAAGAGGAGGCACGUCCUAAGAAAGAAGGUGUUUAUGGGCCCGAGGAUUUUUAUUCUGGUGAUUUGGUUUGGGGUAAAUCUGGGAGAAACGAGCCGUUUUGGCCUGCUAUUGUCAUCGAUCCAAUGACUCAAGCGCCUGAGCUUGUUUUGCGUUCUUGUAUACCUGAUGCGGCGUGUGUCAUGUUCUUUGGUCACUCUGGGACAGAGAAUGAACGGGACUAUGCAUGGGUUAGAAGGGGCAUGAUCUUCCCUUUUGUGGAUUAUGUAGACAGGUUUCAAGAACAGUCCGAACUGCGUGGAUGCAACCCUGGUGAUUUUCAGAUGGCGCUUGAAGAAGCUCUUUUGGCAGACCAAGGAUUCACGGAGAAGCUCAUGCAGGAUAUUAACAUGGCCGCUGGUAACCAGACUUUUGAUGAUUCAGUCUACAGAUGGAUUCAAGAAGCUGCAGGCUCGAGCCAAUAUCUUGAUCACGUUGCUCCUAGCCAGGACAUGUCGAAGAAAUACAGAAAUCCAAGAGCCUGUGUAGGAUGUGGAAUGAUCCUUUCUUUUAAAAUGGCAAAGAAAAUGAAAGCUCUGAUUCCCGGAGAUCAGUUAUUGUGUAAACCUUGUUCAAGGUUGACAAAACCAAAACAGGUUUGUGGUAUAUGCAAGAAGAUAGGGAAUCAUUCAGAUAGUCAGCGCUGGGUGCGUUGUGAUGGUUGUAAAAUCUGGAUUCAUGCAGUGUGUGAUCAAAUAUCACAUAAGCAUUUUAAGGAUUUGGGGGAAACAGAUUACUAUUGCCCCACGUGCAGAACAAAAUUCAACUUUGAGCUAUCAGAUUCAGAAAAACAAGACUCAAAAUCCAAGCUUAGCAAAAACAAUGCCCCAAUGGUGCUUCCUGACAAGGUUAUUGUUGUAUGCUCCGGAGUAGAAGGCAUCUAUUUUCCAAGCCUUCAUUUAGUCGUAUGUAAGUGUGGAUCUUGUGGACCUGAAAGGAAAGCACUUAGUGAAUGGGAAAGGCAUACUGGUUCAAAAGCGAAAAAUUGGAGGACUAGUGUUAAAGUUAAAAGCUCCAAGCUGCCUCUAGAAGAAUGGAUGAUGAAAUUAGCAGAGUUUCACGCAAAUGCUAGUGCAGCAAAACCUCCUAAACGACCUUCUAUAAAGCAGAGAAAGCAGAGGCUGCUUUCCUUUCUUAGAGAGAAGUAUGAGCCGGUCAACGUGAAGUGGACAACCGAGCGAUGUGCUGUUUGCAGAUGGGUUGAAGAUUGGGACUACAACAAGAUCAUUAUCUGCAACAGAUGUCAAAUAGCAGUUCAUCAGGAAUGCUAUGGGACGAGAAACGUCCAUGACUUCACAUCAUGGGUCUGCAAGGCCUGCGAGACACCUGAGAUCAAACGAGAGUGUUGCCUCUGUCCUGUAAAAGGUGGUGCAUUGAAGCCAACUGAUGUGGAGACACUGUGGGUUCACGUGACAUGUGCUUGGUUUCAGCCUGAAGUAUGUUUUGCAAGUGAAGAAAAAAUGGAACCAGCUUUGGGGAUUUUGAGUAUUCCAUCAAGUAAUUUUGUGAAGAUAUGUGUGAUAUGCAAGCAAAUACAUGGCUCAUGCACUCAGUGUUGCAAGUGCUCUACUUAUUAUCAUGCCAUGUGUGCUUCCCGAGCCGGGUAUAGAAUGGAGCUGCACUGCUUGGAGAAAAAUGGUCGACAGAUAACAAAGAUGGUGUCGUAUUGUGCUUAUCACAGGGCUCCGAAUCCAGAUACUGUGCUAAUCAUACAAACCCCUUCAGGGGUCUUCUCUGCCAAAAGUCUUGUUCAAAACAAGAAGAGAACCGGUUCGAGGCUUAUUUUAGCAAACAGAGAAGAAGUUGAAGAGUCUCCUGCAGAGGAUACAGGACCAGUUGACCCAUUUUCUUCUGCUCGUUGUCGAGUAUUUAAAAGAAAAGUUAAUAGCAAGAAGAGGACUGAAGAAGAAGGUAUUCCUCACCACACUGGAGGACCACGUCUUCAUCCGUCAGCAGCGAUCCAAACUCUGAACACAUUCAGGCAUGUGGCAGAAGAACCCAAAUCAUUCUCCUCAUUCAGGGAACGGCUUCACCAUUUGCAGAGGACAGAAAUGGAUCGGGUCUGCUUUGGUCGAUCUGGAAUACAUGGCUGGGGUCUUUUCGCGAGAAGGAUUAUUCAAGAAGGAGAAAUGGUUCUUGAAUACCGCGGGGAACAAGUGAGAGGAAUCAUUGCAGACUUAAGGGAAGCAAGAUACCGUAGGGAAGGAAAAGAUUGCUAUCUGUUUAAGAUCAGUGAGGAAGUAGUGGUGGAUGCUACAGAAAAAGGGAACAUCGCUCGACUAAUAAACCAUUCGUGUAUGCCUAAUUGCUAUGCAAGGAUUAUGAGCGUAGGAGAUGACGAAAGCAGGAUUGUUUUGAUUGCCAAGACCACCGUACCUGCUGGCGAGGAGUUGACAUAUGAUUACUUGUUUGAUCCAGAUGAGCCAGAUGAGUUCAAGGUGCCGUGUCUAUGCAAAUCUCUCAACUGCAGGAAAUUCAUGAAUUAGAGAAACUUUGUUGUAGCUGCUCUUACACAUAAGAAGUAGAAGAAGAAGCCAAGAACCUGACUACUAACCCAAGAACCUGUUGCUCUCCACGCUUGAAUAGGAGAAUCCCAGGGAGCUUAAAGCUGAUGACAUUGAUCCGUUACAUAGAAACCUCUUUUUCGAUAUCCAAAUAAGGCACUUCUUCAGUUAUUUAUGUAAGCUCCAAGUUAUUUGUUUUGUAGGUAGACUAGAAGAGUUUUGUAGCUAAGUCAUUUCUCAUUUGCCAUUUCUGUAUAGCUAAACUCUUCAAUCCUUUUGUUCCUUUUGGAGUUUUGGGGCUUCAGUUACUCAAAAAUAUCAAAAGCAAAAAAAAAAGAGACUGGGUAGCA